AUGCCUGACGAAUACCCCAAGGUCCGCAUCACCACGUACUACCGCAACCCGUGGUAUCGGGACUCGCAAAUGUCUGAGGAGCGGACCGGUUGCUCGCAUGACCUGGUUCGCCACCUUCUUGCAGACCCGAUGGGCAGACAAGCUUCAGGUCCGGAUCAAGAGACGGCUCUUGAAUCCACAUUCAAGGAACUGGUUGAUUUUCGUUUGGCUUGGGAUGGUACCGAUGAUACCAAGGAGUGGACCGUGUCCGCGCUUCUGGGAGACUCAGUCGACACGCGUCUCCAUCCUGAGAUCACUUGGAUCCAGGUUCGUGUCAUCCCCGACUCGCAGACCGGUUUCGGCCAUAAAAAACCCAUCUGCGCAGAACCCUACGUCGGCAAAGAAGCCUUCAUUUUCGUCGGGUCGGGCGACCCGCGCGAUGACUCUCAGCGGUCUGGAACUUAUGUCCCCAUCGACACCGAGUUGGCCUCUGCUCUCGCUGUCAAAGACAUUUCCUCCGGGCGCCUAUACGGGCGCUUCCCCGAGACCCUGUCCCGUUUGGCGAUCGCGGAGGCGGAGGAAGCAAACAAGGACUUGGAUGUGAAGCGCUCGAUGAUCAAGGCCGGCCUGCCAGAGGACAUCGGACAGUCAACUGCGGCGUAUGUCUGUGGCAAGACAGACAAGGUCGAUGAGAGAAUCACUCGAAUCUGCCUGUUCGCUCCUCCGGAGCCCUCCAAAGAUGGCCGACCCGCCCUCUUCACCCAUGACCGGUUCUGGGAAUACCCCAAGUCUCGCACCGAUUCUGACUCGGAAUGA